AUGCAACGCGCCCUCGCGAGCUCCAAAAACAAAAUGUUGCGAAGUGACAGCAAAAAAACCGAGCGGAAAAAGAGCCCUCUUGAACGUUCGUGUCGUAACGCAUGUCGAAAGACCACCCAAGUAGGCGUUUUGCAACGCAUGUGCUGUUCAUGUGCUCUCCAUAAUUCACGGCGAGGAUUUCCAUUCGAUUUCGAAAAGCUGCUGCUGCAGCAGGCACGAUUUGCACAGACCACCCACAUUGAAUCGAGCAGUCGCUCUUGGCACUCAUGGUGCUGCCGGAUUCCUGACCGUUUGGUUAAGGUCGUCGUUCCCACAGAACGCUACUGUUCAAUCGGAAUGUCCGCAAAGACAGGCGCAAGUGAAUCGCAAGAGGACGCAUUCCACCUUGCCGUCUAUCUGUGUGGUCGCGCCGUUGUUGCAAUCGCUUUUUGUGUGGUGCCGAUUUGCGCUCUGAAUACGAGGAGCAGCGUCGGCGGAACAGCAUUAGAAACGUGUCUUCGAGGAGUCGCCUACGCUUCAUGUUGCAAUUUCCAAAGUGCAACAUUUCUUUAUUAA